AUGAUCAAGAUGAAGACGCUCACCCAGGAGAAGAUCUUGAGGAACCUCAAGACGCGCUACAUCCAAAAUCUGAUCUACACAAACACUGGUUCGAUUCUGGUGUCGGUCAAUCCGUUCAAGCAGCUGCCCAUCUACACGAAGAAGGCGGUCAAGCUCUACAUCGGGAAGUCGAUCAUCGCCCCCGAACUGAGGCCUCCUCCCCAUAUCUUCGCCACGGCCGAAGCCUGCUACUAUCAGAUGCGCGAGUCCCUGCGGAACCAGUCCGUCGUGAUCAGUGGCGAGUCCGGUUCGGGCAAAACGGAGGCGACGAAGCUCAUCCUGCAGUUCCUCGCCGCACGUACCAGCCAGCACUCGGAGGUCGAGCAGAAGAUCCUCGAGUCUUCGCCCCUUCUCGAGGCCUUUGGUAACGCCAAGACGGUCAGGAACAACAACUCCUCGCGCUUCUCUCGAUUGGUCUACCAAGCGCCCGAGGAGCGUAACUACCACAUUUUCUACCAGCUGCUUGCUGGCGCGAGCCCCGAGGAGAGGGAGAGAUACAAGCUCAAGGACCUCUCCUCCUACUGGUACCUUUCGCAGAGCGGCUGUACCUCGGUGGACGAAUUCGACGACUCCAAGAUGUUUAAGCGGAUCAAGAUUGCCAUGUCCUCGCUGGAGAUCUCGCAGGAACUGCAGUGCACCGUCUUCAGCGUGCUGUCCGGCAUCCUGCGUCUCGGCAACAUCCAGUUCAAGGCCGAUGGCGAUGGCUCGUUGGUCGCCAACAGAGAAGAGGUCUCGGCUGCGGCUGCGCUGUUUGGAAUCAACGCGAACGAGCUGGACAAGACGCUCAUCAUCCGCACCAUGCACAUCCGUGGCCAGACCAUCGAGAUCAAGAUGAAGCCGAGCGAGGCCAUCGACACCAGGGACGCGCUGGCCAAGGCCAUCUACGCCCGGCUGUUCGAUUGGCUGGUGACCCAGAUCAACAAGGCCAUCCUCAAGGAGGACAUCUGCAGCUCCAUCGGCGUGUUGGACAUCUUCGGUUUCGAAAACUUUAAGGUGAACAGCUUCGAGCAGUUUUGCAUCAACUUCGCCAACGAAAAGCUGCAGCAAUUUUUCAACUUGACCAUCUUCAAGCUGGAGCAAGAGGAGUACAAUGCGGAGAAGAUAAACUGGGACUCGAUCACGUUCGAGGACAACCAGGACUGCCUGGACCUCAUCGAGGGCAGACCGCUCGGCAUUCUCUCCCUUCUCGACGAAGAAGUCCGGUUCCCCAAGGCCUCCGACCAGACGCUGCUGGAGAAGCUCAACACCAACCACAAGGCCUCCAAGAAGUACGACGUGCACCUGCGAUCGAAGACCACCUUCUCCGUGCGCCACUACGCCGGCGAGGUGUCGUACCUGGUCACUGGCUUCCUGGACAAGAACAAGGACACCCUGCAGGAGGACAUCGUGUCCAUGUUGAAGAAGAGCUCCAUCAAGAUCCUGGUCGAUCUCUUCACCGACGAGCCCGAGCCCGAGGUCGAGGCCACCAACAGAGGCCGAGGCCGCACGAGCACCGGCCUAGCGGCUUCGGCGCCCCCGGGUCCCUCCGGCCAACGGCUCUCGAUCGGCCCUAGCGGCAGCCUGGGUGGUUCAUCGACGAUGAGGAAGGGUCCGCCCACGGUGGGCGCCAAGUUCAGGCGCCAGCUGGGCGAGCUGAUGGCCACGCUCUCCGCCACGCAGCCGCACUACGUUCGUUGCAUCAAGCCCAACACACUCAAAGUGUGCGAUAACUUCGAUGACGACAUGGUCCUGGCCCAGCUGCGGUACUCGGGUAUGUUGGAGACGAUCAGGAUUCGAUCCUACGGUUAUCCCUUCCGCUACGCGCUCCCCGAGUUCUGCGAGCGCUACAAAGUUGUGGUCAGUUACACCCAACGCAUGACCGACUCAGCGAGCAGGGACGAGAUGGUGCAGUUCGCCAGGCAGAUCCUCAAUAAGGUGACCCUCCCCGGCUUCUCGGGCAAGCCGGAGGACCUCUGGCAGAUCGGCAUGACCAAGGUCUUCCUCAAGGAAUCUCAGAACAACGCUCUCGAGUUGUUGCGCAACCAGUGCAUCACGUCGCGCGUGGUCUCCAUUCAGUCGUGGUGGCGUAUGAUUGUCGUGCGCAACUACUACCUCCAGUACCGUAUCUCCGUCAUCGUGGCCCAGACCGUGGCUCGACGCUGGAGCGCGCGCAGGCGCUUCCUGAGUCUGAGGUCGGCCACGGUGCUGCUCCAGUCGUUCACGCGGAUGAAGAUCGCCCGCAAGGCCUUCCUGAUCGCGCUCCAGAAGAAGCGCGAGGAGGAGGAGCGCAAGCGCCGGGAGGAGGAGGAGAGGCGGCGUCGGGAGGAGGAGGAGCGUAAGCGCCGGGAGGAGGAGGAGCGCAUCCGGCUCGAGGAAGAGCGCAAGCGCAAGGAGGAGGAGGCCCGGCAGCGCGAGGAGCUGCUAGCCAAGAUGGCCAAGGAGGAGCGCCUGAAGCUGCUGGCCGAGGAGGAGGAGGCCCGCAAGCGCGCGGAGGAGGAGGCCCGCCGGGCCGAGCAGGCGCGGCUCGACGAGGAGGAGGCCCAGCGCCGGGCCGCCGCCGAGGCCGAGGAGCGCCUCAAGAACCCGCCCGUGGAGUCCGCCGCCUUGCCGCCCCUGCCCCGCGACGUGGCCACGCUGGCCGUAGCGUCCAACAACCUGCUCCACCCGGACCGCUCGCCGCGCCGCGGCUCGUUCAGCGACUUUGAGAGCUCCGGCGCCGGCAGCCCCAGCAACCGGCGGGGCUCCCUGAUCGGCAGCGACCCCGAGAGGAGGAAGGGCUCCUUCAUCGGCAGCGACUCCGAAAAGCGGAAGAAGAAGGCCAAGAAGGACAAGGGCAAGGGCAAGGAGAAGGAGGGCCUCGAGGGACGGAAGCGAGGCCGCUCUUUCAAGGACUCGGACAACGAAGUCGGAGGGUCGUCGGAUGGUGAGGCGGCGUCGCCGGUCUCCAUGCGCCGGCGCAUCGACACGCUGCGCAAGUCCUUCAUCCUCAUUCCCAAGCGCACCUCCGGCACGCAACCCAUGCAGUUCCGACCCGAGCUCGUGCUCAAUAAGAAGGAACCGGGCAAGAUCCUCAACGACCGCUCGGAGAUCGCGCAGCACCUGUUCAUCGACUACGCCACGCAGCAUUUCCAGACCCAGAGCGCGAAGCGUCGUUUCACCAUCAGGAAGAAGCAGUCGCCUUCGCUGAGCCAGCUGGUGUCCUACCAAAAGGCACGCGCCACCCCUUCAGGCCCACUGCUCAAAGCGGAUGAUACGCUGCACCCCUACACGGAUGCCAAAAUGCGCACGGAGGCCCUCCACAUCUUCAAGAAGCUCACAGCCUACAUGGACACCAAGACCGACAAGGGCUACGCCGCCCUGCGCGAUAUCUUCGUCUACGGCCUGCGCCACUUUGAUCUGCGCGACGAGAUCUUCUGCCUGCUCAUGAAGCAGAUCGCCAACAAUCCCGACCGGAUGAGCACCACGCGAGGCUGGGAGGCGAUGGCGGCCUGCUGUGGCCUGUUCUCGCCCACGGCCAAGCUGCUCAAGGUGGUGACCGCCUACCUCAUGCUGGCCGAGAACACCCCCGGGUUCGAGGACUGCGCCAAGUACUCGCUCCUCAAGCUGCGCCGCCUGAUCGUCGACGUCUUCGCGCGCCCGCGCACGUUCCCUCCCUCCACCGUCGAGUUGGACGCUAACAGGGCGCUGAAACCGAUGGAGGUCACGGUGCACAUGCUGGACGGGGCCACGUGCCAGGUCGAGAUUGAUCCGAUGUCGAGCGCCUGCGAGGUGUUCUCCAUGGUCUGCUUCAAGAUCCACCUGGACGACCCGACCGAGUUCGCCCUCUACGAGACCUACGACAAGUGGAAUCUUGAGCGGAGCAUGACACCGCUGGAGUACAUUUCGGACAUCUUGGCCAAGGCCGAGCGCUUCCUGGAGCAGAACAAGGGCAAGUGGGAGGACUUCAGGCUGGUCUUCAAGAAGAAGCUGCAUCUCGACCCGACCUACGUCUCCGAGGACUCUGUAGAGAACACGCUCGACUACUACCAGUUCGUGGGUGCCAUCCGAAAGGGUCAAGUACCCUGCAGCGACACGGAGCUCUUGGUCCAGAUGCUCGCUCUUUCAAUUCACGCAGAGCACGGCGAGGACUUCGAUUGGGGCGUACCCAACAUCAAGCAAUUGGUGAUGGGAAUGAUCCCCGCGCACGAGCACAGCAAGAGGACGGAGGACGAGUGGGUCGAGGCCAUCAAGACCGAAUACGUCGAGUGCGCCAAGAAGGCCAAGUUCAACAGCAAGCCGGAGGCCAUGGCCGCCUGCCUCCGCCUCGCCACCAACUUGCCCCUGUACGGUCACUCCGUUUUCCCCGUCAAGCCUUCCAACCCGGAGCAGUUUGGAUUCGCCCUCAACGAGUCCACCUCCAUGGACAUGGUAAUCGGGAUUGGUGGCAUUCGGAUGUUGAACAAGGACACGCACAUGCCCGUCAGCUCGGUCUUUGCGGCGAGCAUCUACUUCAACCAGAUCACCGAAUACGGCUACACGAGCAAGGGCGUGAGGCUGGUGGUCGACGAAGGCGAUGGCGGCACGCACAGGUCUCUCGAGGUGAUCACACAAUCGGGUAUCGAGAUCGUGUCCGUAAUUGAGGACUAUGUAUACUAUUUGCGGGAGGAUUCCACGCACGCCAAGGCGCUCUCCGACUAUGAGGUCACCGACGACCGGUUGCUCGGCUUCAAGAAGGACGAAAUCAUCAGCGUCACCAAGAAGGACGCCAACGGCUGGUGGACCGGUGAGGUGAACGGACAGAGCGGUCUCUUCCCGGCCAACAUGGUCGAGAUCCUGAUCCUGCCGCCAGAUUCCAAGCCCCAGUACGACGUCUCCAAGUCCGGCAGCAUUCGGUUGCGACAGAAGGUGGGGUCGACGUCGGCCGGUAGCGGGGCGUCGGGCGCCGCGGCGGGCAACGGCGAGGCGGACAUCUUCGCGUCGGUCACCGGGACCACGAUCUCGCGGCCCGGCGGCGCGCUCAUCGCACUGGGCAUGGGCAUCGGCAGCGCCGCGGGCAAGGCGGGCGCCUCCAAUUCCAACUCGAUGACCCGCGUGCGGACCAACAUCCAGGCGGGCAAGACACACGCCCGCGGGGUGUUCGAGCCCGCGGUCAUGCCCACCGCCGACCCGGUCUCCCGACCCCGCGUGGUGACGGGUGGAACGGGUCCGGCGGCGUCCAAGGACGACCCCACGGCCGACUUCCCGAUGCUUCGCUUCGCGCAGGAGUACUUCAACAGCGAGCUCAUCACCGGUACGCUGCGCAAGAAGAAGAAGAUGCUGGAGAUGGAGAAGGAGAUCGCGUGGACCGGCAACCCGAUCAGCCAACCGCUGCUCAAGUCGAUCGAGCCCCAGGACUGGAAGGCGGCCAAGGAGACCUUCCUGAACAUCAUGAAGUACAUGGGUGACUUCCCGUCGACGAAAAAGUCGCUCUUGUGGCAGCUGAUGCGCCAGAUCGGCGACACCGGCAUUGAGAACGGCAAGCUGCGCGACGAGAUCUUCUGCCAGAUCAUCAAGCAGAUCACCGACAACGCGUUCGAGUCGAGCCUGUUGCACGGCUGGGAGAUCCUGGCCAUCAUGUGCGGUCUCUACCAGCCCGGCAGAGAGCUGCUGCCCUACCUUCAGGCUCUGCUGGCCAAGUUCGCGGUGGUGCCCAAGCACGUGAACGACGAUGAGCCGAGAGCCGACAUCGGCAGGCUCGCCAGGGCUGCGCUUAUCAACCUGGGCCGCAUCAAGAGGCACGGCAACCGCAAAUUCGCCACAUCGUCGUUCGAGUUCGAAUCCGUCAGGGUGGGUAAGCUGGUCGACAUCCCCGUGGGCAUGAUGGACGGCACGAUCCAGGUGGUCAAGGCCGAUAUGGCCGGCACCGUGAGGGAGCUCUUCGGGCAGCUCACCAAGGAGCUCAAGCUCAACGUCGUCUCGCCCGAGUGGAAGCUCUUCGCCCACUACGGCGAGAAGACCCCCGAGACCCGAUUCGAUGGCGAGGUGGGAGAGCCGCUGGACGAUUCGGUGAACAUCAUGGACGUGAUCGCCGGGUGGGAGAAGGAGCACCCCGACAUCCCCAUCCAGUUCUCGUUCCACCGCUACGUGCUGCUCAACAAGCGGGGCGAGCCGCGCGACCCCACCGCGACGCACCUGCUGUGCCACCAGGCCAUCGGCCAGGUCGUCACCGGCCGCCACCUGGUCUCCGAGGACGACGCUGCCCUUCUGGCCGCCAUGCAGCUCCGCAUGAAGCACGACGGCGAGAUCAACUGGGACGAAAUCGCGAGAAAGAUUCGCGAGUACAUUCCGGUGCAAUUCGUGAGCGCCAAGAGUGCCGAGAAGUGGGCGGAGGCGAUCCGUAAGCACGCCGACAAGGACAAGAGCCUCACCGCCGCCCAGGCCGAGCAGAAGUACCUCGAGGUCGUUCGACAGUGGAGCCUCUACGGCGCGUGCUGCUUCAACGCCACGAGGAUACAAGAGAACGGCAAGGUUACGGUAAUGCUCGCGGUCGACGGCAACGGUUUCCACGUCCUCUCGCCACCAGACGUGGCGCCCGUGGAGUCGUACCCGUUCAACAAGAUCGCCAACUGGGCGUCGUCGGAAACCGAGUUCGGUGUGGUCGUCGGUUCGCUCAUGAACCCCACGCGCCUCGUCUUCUACACCAACGAGGGCACGAUCCUCCACAAGGUGUUCCAGGAGCACGUGAAGGCGCUCGUCGCCCUCAAGAAGAAGACCGGAACCACGAUCGUCCAGGCCAGGCGGCUCUUCUAA